AUGCAGCGCGCCGCGGCCUCCCUCGCCUCCUCCCGCUCCGCGGCUGCCUGGGCGUGCUCCUCCACCUCGCGCCAUGCCAUCGCCUCCUGCUCGGCCACCGCCCGCCGCGACGCCGUCGUGCCUCUCCGGAUUCGCGGGCAGCGGCAGGUUCCCCUCCACUCCAUGUCCCUGUCGCUGCUCUCGCGGAGACGGCCUGCGGGGACGGCAAAAGCGGCGGCUGCUGCGGCGGAACUGGCACCGGCGUCGGACGAGGUGGCCGCGGGCGGCGGCAUUGCCGGCACGGUGCAGCUCGGCGCCAUGAUCGUCGCCUGGUACCUCCUCAACAUCUACUUCAACAUCUACAACAAGCAGGUUCUCCAGGUGCUGCCAUUGCCGCUCCCCUACACCAUCACCGCCUUCCAGCUCGCCUUCGGCUCGCUCGUCAUCUUCUUCAUGUGGGCCACAAAGCUCCACCCCGUGCCCAAGCUCUCCGCCGCACAGCUGGCCAAGAUCGCGCCGCUGGCCGCCGGGCACAUGCUGGGCACGGUGUUCACCAACAUGAGCCUGGGCAAGGUAGCCGUCUCCUUCACGCACACCGUCAAGGCGUCCGAGCCCUUCUUCACCGUGCUGCUCUCCGCCUUCUUCCUCGGUGAGGUGCCGUCGCCGCUGGUGCUGGGCUCGCUGGUGCCGAUCGUCGGCGGCGUCGCCCUGGCAUCGCUGACCGAGGUCUCCUUCAACUGGGUCGGAUUCUGGAGCGCCAUGGCGUCGAAUCUGCUCAACCAGACCAGGAAUGUGCUCAGCAAGCGCCUCCUCGGCGGCGAAGAGCAGGAGGAGUUCAUGGACGACAUAAACCUCUUCUCGGUGAUCACCGUGCUGUCCUUCCUCCUAUCCUUGCCUCUGAUGAUCUUUGCAGAAGGGGUCAGCUUCUCCCCAGCGUUCCUCCAGAGCACCGGCCUGAACCUGCAGGAGCUGUGCGUGAGGGCGGCCCUGGCCGGCCUCUGCUUCCAUGGCUACCAGAAGCUGUCGUACAUGAUCCUGGCGAGGGUGUCGCCCGUGACCCACUCCGUGGCCAACUGCGUCAAGCGUGUGGUGGUCAUCGUCUCCUCCGUCCUCUUCUUCCGGACGCCCAUCUCGCCUGUCAACGCACUGGGGACUGGUGCGGCACUUGCGGGAGUUUACCUGUACUCCAGGCUCAAGAAAACAAAGCCAAAGAGCUCAUGA